AUUCUUAGUUAAUGACUAGGGUCAAAUGCAUAAAAGUAUUAGAGCCAACAAUAACUAAGGAGAGUCUUGCGGAUGGAAACACAAGGAAAAGUUAUCACCUGCAGAGCGGCUGUGGCAUGGGGAGCAGGAGAAGCUCUAGUGAUGGAGGAUGUAAAAGUGGAUCCUCCUCAGAGAUUGGAAGUUAGAUUACGAAUCCUCUUCACUUCCAUCUGUCACACCGAUCUUAGCGCAUGGAAAGGCGAGAACGAGGCUCAACAAGCAUACCCUCGAAUCCUUGGUCAUGAGGCUGCAGGGAUAGUGGAGAGCGUUGGGGAAGGAGUGGAAGAUAUGAAGGCAGGGGAUCAUGUGCUCCCUAUUUUCACUGGAGAAUGUGGUGAUUGCAGAGUCUGCAAGCGUGACGGAGCCAAUCUGUGCGAGAGGUUCCGAGUGGAUCCAAUGAAGAAAGUGAUGGUAGGUGAUGGGAAGACCAGGUUCUUCACCAGCAAAGACAACAAGCCCAUCUACCAUUUUCUUAACACAUCCACCUUCUCCGAGUACACGGUCGUAGACUCGGCCUGUGUGGUGAAGGUGGACCCUCGGUUUCCUCUAGAGAAGAUGAGCCUCCUCAGCUGCGGUGUCUCAACUGGAGUGGGUGCGGCCUGGAACGUGGCUGAUAUUCAGCCUGGCUCCACCGUCGCUAUCUUUGGGCUGGGCGCUGUUGGGCUUGCGGUAGCUGAGGGUGCGAGAGCAAAGGGGGCCUCAAAAAUCAUUGGGAUCGACGUCAACCCUGCCAAGUUCCCAUUAGGGAGAAAAGUAGGGAUAAGUGAGUUCAUAAACCCAAAGGAGAGUGACAAGACGGUUCAUGAGAGGGUGAUGGAGAUAACUGAGGGAGGAGUUGAGUACAGCUUCGAGUGUGCGGGAAGAAUUGAAGCACUCCGAGAGGCUUUUUUGUCAACAAACUCGGGAGUGGGAGUGACAGUGUUGCUUGGCGUUCACGCAAGCCCACAGCUUCUACCUAUCCAUCCCAUGGAGCUCUUCCAAGGCAGAUCAAUCACUGCCUCUGUUUUUGGAGGUUUCAAACCCAAAACACAGUUGCCUCUUCUAUUCACACAGUGCCUCCAAGGUCAGCUCAAUCUGGACCUCUUCAUCUCUCACCAGCUUCCUUUCAGUGAUAUUAACGAAGCUAUGCAGCUCCUACAUCAGGGCAAGGCUCUCCGUUGUCUUCUCCGCCUCUGAUCAUCUCUUUCAUAUUUAUUAUGUGUUUACAAGUUGUGGUGAUGAUUUUUUAAAAAAUUAAGUUGUGGUGAUGAUGAUUUGAUUA